AUGAGUGAUGCUCUAUGUGGUCCCUCGAAUGCGCUGCAGAACUUUCAAAAGCACGCAUCUGUUGAUCGUACCCUCCAGCAAGAUAGAAUUAUCUCUCGACAGUCGCCUUCUCAACAGGGGUUUCGAUCUCAAAAUCCAACUCAAGGGGUGCUUGAUCCCGAAUUCGCUGCCUUCGAAUCCGGUCUAGCAGGAGCGCCCCCUCCCGAUGUACAGCAUGCCGUCCCUUUCGUUCCUCCCUCGCAUCAUUUCCCAGUAUCGAGCCCGGCAGAAUCGUCAAACUGGGCGGCAGACUUUCAAAAUAUGCAUAUCUCGGGACCUCCGCAUUCACUCCAUCAAACAUCAGGACCAGCUGUAGCGCCGAUGGCGGCUGUUUCACAACAGGGUUGGCAUAACGAGUUCGCUAAGCAGCAACAAUCCUCUUAUCAGCAGCACCAGCCGCAUGUCCAAGGGCUUCAGCCAUCCUUUACACCUCGCUUCCCUAUGACCAGUGCUGCUUUCCCUCCUAUGCAAGCCACUACAGCAAAUCAGCAACCGGUGGCAGACACAUUUGAUGAAUCGGCGUUUGAAGCUGCAUUUGAACAGGCGCGGGCAGACAUGAUGUCGCAGGAAACCGAGACUACUCCUGUUCACGCUGAGGAAGUCAUGGAAGAGACGGAUCAAGUUGUGGCUGAAAGCACGGAAGAGAAGAUCAAGAUUGGAUCGGAUACUAUUCCCCAGACCGACAAAAAUGAUCAACAGGCACGGGUGAACGAUGCGGACGAGCUCGCCAGAACCGCGGGCCAGCUUUUGGAUAGCGUCAAACAUGAUCAAAGCCAGAAAUUCAAAGAAAGCAACUUUCUUGCCUUGAUGCGCCGUAUUCGCGACCGCGAGGUCCAAGUCGAGGGGGAUGAAUUUCGCGAAAUUCCGCAUCCACUGCAUCCAGGCGGCAAAUAUUAUCCGGAACGUCGGAAGGAACGGCAAGGGCAAAUAGAAGGAGAUACGGACCAGCAUGCCCGCGGAGACGCUAUACCCAACUCCACGAGGAACCCUACCUUAAUUGCAAGUGGAAAUAAUCCGGAAAAUCCAUCUGGUGGCUUCAGUCCUAGCGGUGAUCACACUGUAUACGAGGAUUGGCGUCAUGGGGACCGCUGGGCUUAA